UGGAUGCUGGGUGCCUGAGCUGCGGGCUCAGCGCGCUCAGAAACAUGCUGAGGUCUCGGCGGCUGUUCCAGCAGCGGCAGCGGCUCCAGCAGCAGCGGCGGCGGCGGCGGCGGCGACAGAGUUUGGCUCCCGCAGGGAAGGCGCCCGGCGCCCAUGCCUCCGGCUCUGCUCAGCGGCUGCCCUGACCUGGCCGCGACCUUCCUCCGCGCGCCCAGCCGCCCCGACCUCUGGGGUGUUCCCCAAACACGGCCCAACCCCGCAACGCACCCCGCCCCCGGCCUCCGCAGCUCGGCAUGGGCGCGGGGGCGCUCGUCCUGGGCGCCUCCGAGCCCUGCAACCUGUCAUCCGCCGCGCCGCUCCCCGACGGCGCGGCCACGGCAGCCCGACUACUGGUGCCCGCGUCGCCUCCCGCCUCGCUGCUGACCCCGGCCAGCGAGGGCCCUGCGCAGCUGUCGCAGCAGUGGACCGCCGGCAUGGGCCUGCUGAUGGCGCUCAUCGUGCUGCUCAUCGUGGCGGGGAACGUGCUGGUGAUCGUGGCCAUCGCCAAGACGCCGCGGCUGCAGACGCUCACCAACCUCUUCAUCAUGUCCCUGGCCAGCGCUGACCUGGUCAUGGGGCUGCUGGUUGUGCCGUUCGGGGCCACCAUGGUGGUGCGGGGCAGCUGGGAGUACGGCUCCUUCGUCUGCGAGCUCUGGACCUCGGUGGACGUGCUGUGUGUGACGGCCAGCAUAGAGACGCUGUGUGUCAUCGCCCUGGACCGCUACCUCGCCAUCACCUCGCCCUUCCGCUACCAGAGCUUGCUGACCCGCGCGCGGGCGCGGGCCCUCGUGUGCACCGUGUGGGCCAUCUCGGCCCUGGUGUCCUUCCUGCCCAUCCUCAUGCACUGGUGGCGGGCGGAGGGCGAGGAGGCGCGUCGCUGCUACAACGACCCCAAGUGCUGCGAUUUCGUCACGAACCGGGCCUACGCCAUCGCCUCGUCCGUCGUCUCCUUCUACGUGCCCCUGUGCAUCAUGGCUUUCGUGUACCUGCGGGUGUUCCGCGAGGCCCAGAAGCAGGUGAAGAAGAUCGACAGCUGCGAGCGCCGCUUCCUCAGCGGCCCCGCGCGGCCGGCCUCGCCCGCGCCCUCGCCGGGACCCCCGCGCCCCGCCGCCACCCCGGUGGCCAACGGGCGCGCCGGCAAGCGGCGCCCCUCGCGCCUCGUGGCCUUGCGCGAGCAGAAGGCGCUCAAGACGCUGGGCAUCAUCAUGGGCGUGUUCACGCUCUGCUGGCUGCCCUUCUUCCUGGCCAACGUGGUGAAAGCCUUCCACCGCGACCUGGUGCCCGACCGCCUCUUCGUCUUCUUCAACUGGCUGGGCUACGCCAACUCGGCCUUCAACCCCAUCAUCUACUGCCGCAGCCCCGACUUCCGCAAGGCCUUCCAGCGCCUGCUGUGCUGCGGGCGCCCGGCCGCCUGCGGGAGCCACGCGGCGCCCGGGGACCGGCCGCGCGCCUCCGGCUGCCUGGCGGUGGCCCGGCCGCCGCCGUCGCCCGGGGCCGCCUCGGACGAGGACUACGAAGACGACGUCGGGGCCACGCCGCCCGCGCGCCUGCUGGAGCCCUGGGCGGGCUGCAACGGCGGGGCGGCGGCGGACAGCGACUCGAGCCUGGACGAGCCGAGCGGCCCGGGCUGCGCCUCGGAAUCCAAGGUGUAGGGCCGGGCGCCCCUCCGCGCCUCCCGGCCGGGACGCGGGCUCUGCGCGCGGGGAGGAGGAAAGCCCAGGCGUCCCCGAAUGGCUUCCCGAGGUGGGGGAGAGAGAGCAACGUGUUUACUCAAGACCGAAAGCAGGUGAACUCGAAGCCCACAAGCCUCGUCUGAAUCAUCCAAGACAAACAGAAAAGCCACGGAUCGUUGCACAGAAAGGAAAGUUUGGGGAGGGGGUGGAGAGCGGCUUGCUGAUUUUUCUUGUGUUCUUUUUCCUGUUUGAGGUUCAGCCUUCUUUUGUGUGUGCGUAUGAUGCAUCUUAGAUUUUUUUAUUCCCCCGCCAGGUGGUUUUGACACUUACCGGGUAGGGCGAGGGGCUAAAAGUCUGUGAACUUGACGUCCCGGGAACACUAGCAGUCAACCAGAGAGAGAGGCGUGGGGGCGGGAUGACAAUGUGUCGGGACAUGUUUCCGUUUGCUUUCCAGAGAAAUUGCAUUUUCAUUCCUGAGUAAUGAUUUCUCCUGUUCCUAAAAGCAAAGGGAAAGGCUGUAUGCAAAAACCACGUUAGAAGAAAGUGUAAGCUAUUCUUGGAACAAGCCUCACCUUGCUUUCCUAUUGUAGGGUUAGCCUCCUGUCCCCGUGCACCUCGGUAGCCAGGCUGAGGGGUUUCUACCUCAUACUGUGCACGUUGCACAGCAAAAUAGAAAGACUUGUUUAUAUUAAACAGAUAUUUAUGUAUCAAUAUUAGUUGGAAGGACCAGGCACUGAGCCUCUGUGACAUGUGACUGUCCGUUGAAGACAGAACAGAAAAAGAAAACAAGGAGGAAACAGUUCAGAUUACUAAAUGUGUGGGUAAAAACAGAACACAAAACAAAAAAAGGAGUGGUUCAAAUGCCAUUUUUGCACAGUGUUAGGAAUUGUAAAGUCCACAGAAGAUGUUACUUGCACAAGAAGAAAUUAAAUAUUUUUAAACGUGGGCGGGGGGGGGGAGAUCUUAAAAACUAAAAUAAAAUUAAAACUCUACUUCUGUUGUCUAUUAUGUUAUUUAGCUAAUGAUUUAUUGGAAAAUACCUUUUUAUACUCUUUUAUCAUGGUACUGUAACUGUAUCCACAUGAUAAAUAUAAUUAUCUUAAGGACUUUUUUAUUAUUUUUUAUGUCCAAGUGCCCACGUGAAUCUGCUGGUAAAAUUUAGCACCUGUGUGUAAAUUCUAUUUUCCUCUGUGUGUUUUACCAAGUAUUUAUACUCUGGUGCAACUAACUACUGUGUGAGGAACUGGUCCAUGUGCAAUAAAUACCAAUGAAGCACAAUCAAGAUUA